CUGAAAGGGAGAGGGGUUGAAGAAAGACGACGAUCGCCUGUGGGCCGGUGAUCCUCGUCUGUCCGGAGUGCACAUCUCGCGCGACCACCGAUCGCCGUCUCUGUCCACGUUCGAGCAGGAAUUUUCCCUUCUCGUCUCGUCGCCCGUCGAAGCUUCGCCGGCGACCGUACGACGCCAAAGACUCCGGCCCGAAUCAGGAAAACCGACGGCAAGUAGGCCGUCACAUGUCGAGGAGACAUGUGGCCAAUCAUGGGUUGCCAAGUGUCAAGACGACCCGACCCGACAUCGAGCCCAUCGGGUCGGGUAUUUCUGGCCCAGUAGAGAAAAAAGAGCCUUGGUUCAACGGAGAACACGAAUCAUAACAUCUCGCUUCGUUGUUUCACCCUCCUCCCUGCCUUCUAGCUUCGAGUGCCAGAGGCGCGCUCCCGUUUGGUCGACGAGAGACCUUCAUUGAUAAGGCUCUAGUCUCUCCUAAACAUGUCAUUGUCAAAGCUUGGUCGGAGAGUUCUUUUGUCGGCAAACCUCGUUAAGAUACCGCAUUCACCUCUUGGCUUUCAGUUCAAACAUGGGAUUCCUGGGCUAGGUUUCUGUUACGCACGAUCUGUCUCUGGAUAUGGUGGACCUUCAGUUAGUGAUGUAUAUUGCUUGUUGCGAAGGUGCAGAUUUAGUACCUGGUCACCUAACAAGUCUUAUGAGUUUCCAAAUGUCUCUGUGUAUAGUAGGAAACCCAAUUCUAUAUUCAAUACCCAUCGCCACUAUGCGUCGCAUGCUUCUUCCACAGAACAAAAAUCUCAAAAAAUGCUUCUAUACCUGACGGCUCUGGUCCUCGCAAUGGUGGGAUGUAGUUAUGCUGCUGUACCUUUGUAUAGGAGAUUCUGUCAGGCUACAGGGUAUGGUGGCACUAUUCAACGACGUGAGACCGUCGAAGAAAAAAUUGCCCGACAUGCUAAUGAUGGAACUGUCGCCACAAGGGAGAUUGCAGUGCAGUUUAAUGCUGACGUGGCUGAUGGGAUGCCAUGGAAGUUUACUCCCACCCAAAGAGAGGUAAGGGUCAAGCCUGGAGAAAGUGCCCUUGCAUUUUAUACUGCUGAAAAUCGCAGUUCAACACCAAUAACUGGCGUUUCCACAUACAAUGUUACUCCCAUGAAGGCAGCAGUUUAUUUCAACAAAAUACAGUGCUUUUGCUUUGAAGAGCAGCGGCUACUUCCAGGAGAACAAAUUGAUAUGCCUGUAUUUUUUUACAUCGACCCUGAGUUUGAAACGGAUCCUAGAAUGGAUGGCAUUAAUAACUUGGUUUUGUCAUAUACAUUUUUCAAGGUAUCUGAGGACUGAUUGACUUGUACUUAUAGCAAAACUUGAUGAAAUUUUGGAUGGCAGAUACUUCAACAAAAGGCAGCUAGCUGAUCUGAUUAUGCCAAGUAGACUGCUUUAAGCUUGGACAGGCAUAAUAUAACGUGAAUGUUGUACACCCACCAGCAAUCUAUGGGUUCACUGCGUAGUUAAUGUGGAACCUUUGUUGUUGCUGGCUUUCUUCUCACCAAAAAGGUUACAAUAAUAAGGUUAACUUCCACAUUUUGAAUGCA